CAUUUUUAGUGUUUACUUGUUGAAAAUAACUUUUAAAAGAUAGAAAGAAAGUAUUAAAACAAGAAUUACAGCGCAAAUACUGUCAAUUGAAUAUUGAAAAAUAAAAGGAAAGAGGUAGAAAGAAAGAGAAAGAAAGAAAGAAAGAAAGAAAGAAAGGAGGGAAGAGAGAAAAAGGAACUUGGAACAAUUAUAUUAACUAUAUAGAAAAAAAAGAUAAAAGUUACAAGAACUAAAAUGAAAGCUGGUCAAAUGUUGAAAAGUCGCCAUUUUUGGAAGUCGAUUUUAGCUGAAUUUCUUGCUGUACUACUUCUAAUAGUAAUUGGUUGUAGUAGCUGUAAAGAUGAAUAUCUUAAGCCCAAUACCGUUAGAAUAAGCUUAGGAUUUGGAUUUACAAUCGCUAUACUUGUUGGAGCUAUAUCACACAUUAGCGGAGGUCAUUUGAAUCCGGCUGUUUCACUUGGAUUAUUUAUCGCUAGACGAUGCGAAUUUCUUCGUUUUAUCUUUUAUUCAAUAGCUCAGGUGGCUGGAGCUAUUGUUGGUGCUGCAAUACUUAAAGGAAUACACGGCAAAGUUAUUGGUACGACCGAACCAUCUGUUAGUUCAGCGCAAGGAUUUGCAGUCGAGUUGAUAAUAACAUUCGUUCUUGUCUUCGUAGUACUGGCUUGCACAGAUUCAAAGAGAUCCGAUUCACCAGGUCCGGUUCCUCUAAUUGUUGGAUUGACGAUAAUAAGCUGCCAUCUCUUUGCCGUAGACGUUACGGGUGCGGCAAUGAAUCCUGCUAGGGCAAUUGGACCAGCAUUAAUCGCUUCUAAGUGGGGUGGUCAUUGGAUUUAUUGGGCAGGUUCGCUACUCGGCGGAGUUCUAUCGGCUAUAAUGUACGAAUAUAUUUUCGCUUCCGAUUCGAGUGUUCAAAAGUUAAGAGCAGCAAUCCCCUUGAAAAAGAAGGCGGCCAUCGAACCAAAAGAGUCUGAUGAGAAAUCAAAGGAAGGUAAUAACGAAAAUUUGGAAGAAAAUAAGGUUGAAUUACAAGCAGUCAAUAUUGAAGAAUGAAAUUUUAUAUCUUUUAUACAAGAUAUCUAAACGUAUUAAUAUUUUUUUUUAUUUCGGCGUUUUUAGUUCUUUUUUACAAAAAGUAGUUUAGCUGGUUUUCUUGGUAACAAAGAUUAAGAAGAAGCAUUUAAAUUUCCCUUCUUUUUCUUGUAUACUCUUUCGCUUUCUCUCUAUAUAGCUCCUCUUUGUAUAAUACAUAUGUAUGUGUUACUAUACAGUAUAUUGAUGCUAUUCUUAGUUUAUAAACGAUUCCAAAACAAUAAAAAUCAAACAAGAGAUUAAAUUUUUACUUUUAA